CGCACGCCGCGCAGGUUGGUAGGAGUGUUUACGGUGAGAGUAAAGCGCAAGUGUUUUGUUGAACCCCGCUACUUCAAUGAGCAACACACGAGAGAAGGGCCUGGUUCACAGAGCGGCCAUCGGACUAUGCCUUCCCCGACUGUGGGGGGAAGCAGCAGGGACAGCGGACAGGCGGAGGACGGUGGAGCAGAGGGGGACCACAGAGAGAGAGGCACAGGCGACCGCGCUCUGGUGUGCGCUUUGGAGAUGGAGAUGACGAACUGUAGUCUUCACGUAGACUCCAGAGUGGAUAGUGUGAACUGCGAUGGCUUGAACAAUCGAAAAACUAACGAUUCGGCAGAAGUAACUGUCUCGCUUUCAGGGAAGCGGACAGCGUUCAUGGAGGGAGACGACCUGUACAGAUUGCGAGACAGAAAGUUGUUGGUGGAGGAUAAAAAGCGGCUCUGUGCGUUGUCUCUGGGCGCUGCUGUGCUGGGGAUUCUACUCAUGAUCAGCCACGCAGAGUUAUGUCGCUAUGAUACGGACGGCCCAUACACCGCCUUGAUCAUCAUCAACUCCUCCAUCAGCCUGUCCACUGGGUGUCUCCUGGCCCUCAUUGUAGCUUUCCAUUAUAAAGACAUCAGGCUGUUCAUCAUUGAUCAUAACCAGGUGGACUGGCGUAUUGCCAUGACCAGCCACAGGAUUCUUGGGAUCAGUCUGGAGUUGUUGGUCUGUAUCAUCCAUCCUGUCGGCUCAUACAGAGAGAUUGGACGCAAUGCCACCUCAUCUUCUGCAGCUUCGCUCUGUGUCUCCAGCCAGCCCGUAUGGGUCAUGAUGGACAUCGACCUGCUUUUAUCAGUGCUGAUGUUCCUGCGCUUGUACCUAGUGCACAGAGCCAUCCUUCUGCACAGCAAAGUGCUGCUGAGCGCCUCCUACAGAAGCAUUGGCUCCCUCAACAACAUCAACUUCACCUUUCGGUUUGUUCUCAAGGUACUGAUGAACGAAUAUCCUGCACGCACGCUGCUGGUGUUCAUCCUCUUCUUCUGGCUCUCUGCAUCCUGGAUGCUUACUCUCUGUGAGAGGGGGACCGAAGAAGUGACCAGUAACAUGAACACAGCGCUGUGGCUCAUAGCCAUCACCUUCCUCACAGUGGGCUAUGGUGAUGUGGCACCGCACUCCAGCUGUGGAAAGGCUGUGUGUCUCUUCACUGGAGUCAUGGGUGUAGCCUGCACAGCCAUGCUAGUUGCAGUGGUGAACAAGACGCUGGCGUUGAACAAAGGAGAGAAGCACGUGCACUUUUUCAUGCUGGACAUCCAGAUCUCCAAAAGGAUCCGCCAUGCUGCUGCUAAUGUGCUAAGGGAAUGCUGGCUACUGCACCGCACAAAUCUAACUAAGGGCAACCGCAGCGAGCACCGAAGACACCAGAGAGGCCUGCUGGAAGCUAUCAGAGUAUUCAGACAUUUACGCCUCAAGCAAAGAAAGCUGAGAGAUUACGUGAGUGAGAUGGUUGACCUCCCGAAGAUGCAGAUGAUCAUGUGCGACCUCAGCGCCAAUUGGAAUAACUCUUAUCGGGAGCUGGAGCAGCGAAUCCUCUCCAUGGAGCAAAAGUUAGACGAGCUCAGUCGCUGCUUCCAACAAACGUCUGAGCUGCUGUUUCAUGUCCUACGUCACCGCAACCCCGAGAUCAGGUGACAUGGCUUCAUGUUAUAGAGACACUCGUGUGUUUGCCUGCAGUGUCCAUGAAAGGGAGAAGGCAAAUGCUCUCCUCACAGAGCAGCUCGAGACCGUUAACAUGCUGAACCACUUGGAGGACUGGCAUACCUACCAAAGAUCUCAUCUUCUGGCCCUGUGCUGACUGCACUGCACAAUGACUCAUAGCUGUAAAACUGUACAGACAAAAGAAGCCCUCCAGUCUUCUUCUCUGUGGGAGAAUCACAGUGCAUCUUGAGAAUCUGUUAUAUUCAGGAGGGUGAACAAAGAAGUGGAUUAAUCUCAAACCAGGUCUACAGAGAUGCUCUUUUCCAGGGCUUGCCCUCUUUUAUUUACUAUGUGUAAGGUUUCAUUGAUGGAUUCCUUCUCUUCCUUAUUCCUGUGGAAUAAGAUAUAUAUUUGUACAUGCUCAUUUUAUUUUUAUCCUGAUACAAUAUAUGACAAUGUUAACCAAAACGUUUUUAUAAAAACCUUGCUCAAAUCCUCUUUUUCAAAAGGAGACAGUUUAAUGAAUGGUAAGCACACUGUUAGAAAACAGGGUUUGUCUUCUUACAUUUUCUCAUCAUUCCUCCCUGUUCUGCUUUUACCAACUCACCAAGUGAAUGAUGAAUUAAAUGAUGUGCCUUGAUGCGCUUCAAAGACAAGCAACUGAAUUAUAACUGAAGUACUUUCAAAGAAAGCUUUAUUUCUUACUAAAAGUUUUUAUUAUAUGUCAACAGAAACUCAGACAGAUUCAUGUCUACACUUCAAAAUAUCAUCUAGCGGUUUACACCUGUUCUAAGAACGAACUUGAGUGCAAGAUGCCUUGUAAACGUGUCUUUCAGCAAACCAACAGCUCCAUCUAGUGGACAGAAAUUUGGCAUUAACUAAGUUAUUUUUACUACAGUUAAAAUCAAAUCAUUAAGUUUUAAUACAACCAUAAAAAAGUUCUAGACCGUCUCAACCUGAAUAACAAAACUUAUCAGGAUCAAAACAUUUGGAAUAACUUUUAGUGAAACCAAAUCUGAAUCCUGAAAAAAACAAAACACGACACCUCCCAACAAACCUCACUGUGUGAGAAAACACGUGUGCAAAACUGGACUCACUCUUCUCUGGAGGAUAAACUGGAGCUUAUUGUUUGUUCAUUUGUUUGUUUGAAGGCUGAAGAAUGAAUAAAAGAAUAUAAUCAC